GCGGGCCGCCGCAGCCAUGGCGACGCUGGUGUUGGACAACGGGGCCUACAACGCCAAGAUCGGCUACAGCCACGACAAUGUCAGUGUUAUUCCCAACUGCCAGUUCAGGUCAAAGACUGCACGUCUUAAAACUUUUACAGCUAACCAGAUAGACGAAAUCAAAGACCCUUCGGGACUCUUUUACAUCCUUCCGUUUCAAAAGGGCUACUUGGUGAAUUGGGAUGUUCAAAGACAAGUUUGGGAUUACCUUUUUGGAAAAGAAAUGUACCAGGUGGAUUUUUUAGAUUCCAAUAUCAUCAUCACCGAGCCUUAUUUUAACUUCGGUUCAAUUCAGGAGUCAAUGAAUGAAAUCCUGUUUGAAGAAUAUCAAUUCCAAGCAGUUCUUAGAGUAAACGCUGGGGCUCUCAGUGCACACAGGUAUUUCCGGGAUAAUCCAUCUGAAUUGUGCUGUAUCAUUGUGGACAGUGGCUAUUCCUUUACACACAUUGUACCUUACUGCAGAAGUAAGAAGAAAAAAGAAGCAAUCAUUCGGAUUAAUGUGGGAGGAAAGCUUUUAACCAAUCAUUUAAAGGAGAUCAUCUCCUACAGGCAACUACAUGUUAUGGAUGAAACACAUGUAAUUAAUCAAGUGAAAGAAGAUGUUUGCUAUGUAUCUCAGGAUUUUUAUAAAGAUAUGGAUAUUGCAAAACUAAAAGGAGAAGAAAAUACAGUCAUGGUAGACUACGUUUUGCCUGAUUUCAGUACAAUUAAGAAGGGAUUUUGUAAGCCCAGGGAAGAGAUGGUUUUAAGCGGAAAAUAUAAAACUGGGGAACAGAUACUUCGUCUGGCCAAUGAGAGAUUUGCUGUUCCAGAAAUACUUUUCAAUCCUUCAGAUAUAGGCAUUCAAGAAAUGGGAAUUCCAGAAGCUAUCGUCUAUUCUAUUCAGAAUUUACCUGAAGAAAUGCAGCCCCACUUCUUUAAGAACAUUGUUCUGACUGGGGGAAAUUCGCUCUUCCUGGGAUUCAGGGAUCGAGUUUACUCCGAAGUUAGAUGCCUCACUCCAACCGACUAUGAGGUUUCUGUUAUCUUGCCAGAAAAUCCCAUUACUUACUCCUGGGAAGGUGGAAAACUGAUAUCAGAAAAUGAUGAUUUCGAAGAUAUGGUAGUAACAAGAGAUGAUUAUGAAGAAAAUGGGCAUUGCAUAUGUGAAGAGAAAUUUGAUAUUUAAAGUUGUCUGGACUAACUCGGUAAUUCUGUUGUUUGAUAUAGAAUACCUCACUUCUUCCUGAAGUCUAUGUCAGUUAUGACCCUUUAUUGUAUGACUUUUUCUUGACUGAUGUAAAUAUUUUAGUGCCUUUUUGUUUGUUUCUUUUGCCGGGAGCAUGGAAGGCUACCUGGGAAGGAGGAUUGCUCAUUGAAUAAUAAACAGAGAUGAAACAACUCUA